CAUGUAAGAACUGGUUUAAAUUGACUGUUUCGGUUUCGUAACGGCAUAACGAUCGUUUAGCCGCCUCCAUUCUGACUAUUGUUUGUUUGACCCAAAACACGUUUUUCUAUGCAACAGUUUUAUUUGUUUGUUUGGUGACACUUCAGGUAAGGGUGCCUUAAUAAGGACGGACAUUGAGGACAGCAACACUGAUUGGCCAGCGAGAGAAAUUAACAAAGUCAUACAUCUUUACAAAGAAAUGUGAGACACUGCGCGCCUUAAAAGAACCCAGUGUAUAAUGUACACUACAAUACCUUCUUACCAUUCAUAUUCUCUGUGAUUGGGAGCUUUAGGUUUUGAUACAAACUAUGUCAGGAACGUUAACAACGACAACUGAUUUUAACCUCGUGCUCUUAAGUGAUAUAAAGAAGACGUGAAAAAAUUACAUUUGCGAUUUACAGAGAAAAACUAGAUAAUCGGAAGUAGAUAAUGGGCCUGUUCAUGUUUCAACAUGCUUCGACUUAAACAUAACAUGCGUUUAUAAAGUUUACAUCAGUAGACAAUUUGAAAUAUAUUCAUUUAAGUUAAGAAAUAUUGUAUAGUAUUUGUUUAGACGGAAUGUAAAAAAAAAGCUCUGAAUAUACUAAAAAUUCAUUAUCUACCCGAAUUUACAUUAUACUUGUGUAUCUCAUAAAAUAUGCCUCCUUUUCAAGCACAACAUAAAUCAAUAUGAUGUUAAUGUUUUAUGAGCACUCAUACAACAUUGUGCAGCUGUUUAUAUCUGUGGUGUUUAUGUACAACAUUGCGUAUGUCCGAGCAACAAUUCAAUGUGCACGCACACAGGAUGAAUGGAACAAGGCAAGUGCAUCUCUGCAGUGUCAGGAACCAAAUUUUUAUCAUUGUUUAAGAAACGAAAAUGGAAUCUUGACACAGCAAUGCCUUCAAAGAGUAUGGAUCCAAAAUGGAAUGUGUCCUGAGUUCAACAGCAGAGUCGGAAAAAUAGACGUGUUUAAAUGUCAAUCUGAUGGGAACAACUGUCCCAGCACAAUCUUUUGGUCCAAUGCAGUGUACAUAUAUCCUAUAUGCUAUGAUAAGACAUCAGCAACAUCAUCAUAUUCAAUCAUUCCAUCAACGUUUUCAUAUACAACGUCUCCAAACACUACAUCUUCUGGAAGUAUUAAUCAGGAGACUGUAGACUUUAAAGUAAUAUUACCUGUAGUGAUUGCCAUUGUGGUUUUCGCGGCUCUUAUUGUUACAUGUACCAUGGUUGUAUAUCGAAGACGAAAGAAAUACAGAGGGAGUGAGAGGGAGGAAGAGCUCAGAAAUGAAAUUCCGACAGACAGCCAAACUCGGCAAUCUGAACACAAUAGGGAUAUUAACGAAGAAGAGAAACUAAUUGAUAAACCACAUACAUAUGUUCGUCCGAGAGUCAGUCAAACACGGCACUCUGCACAAAUAAGAGAGAACAAAGAACAACAGAAUCUAUUCGGUGGUUCGACUAUAGAAUUUGAAAAAGAGAAAAAGGAAGUUCAUAUUCUAAUUUUGCUCUGUGUUAGAAGUGCAGUUUUAGAUGAAAACAUCGUGAAAAAGGAGGCAAUGAAAGAACUUAAAGUAGCAGUUGAUACUAAAAAUAGUUACCGGAAGUGGACAAACAACAAGACAGAGAAAAGCUAUGUUUUUCAAGACUGGGUCCAGCUAGAUAAAGAAUACGACGAUGAUGACUUGCGUAACACACAACUGGAGAUCCGAAACGCCAUUAAACGGAAUAAAACUAAAUUUGUGGUUGUUUUGCCGUUGAAGAUUUGGACAAAAUAUGAAUUAUUAAAAGAAAUGGGAAAUUGGAGCAAUUGCACAAAGAAAACGAUCCAUCCUAAUUAAAGAUAUCAUGUUUCUGCAAACUCUC